AAUCUUGUAGAUAAGGGGAAAAGUGAAAGAGUGAAAGGAGAAUUGAGGGAAAUGAAUUAGAUUUUGAUUAAAAUGGUCACUCAAUUGCAUUUUUACUAUUUAUUUCCUUGAGUCAUCCUCAUCACCAUUGAUAGAUUACAAUUUAAUCCACAUAUUUUUUUUAUAUGUGAAGAAAUUCUCUUGGUGGGGCGGGUAUGGGUAUGGGUAUGGGACGUCAGAAGCUUUAGUUGUCUAGUGUAUACUAAGUACAACCGUCAUGGUCUGCGCAAAUUGAUGAGUGGGGACGUGCAGGCAUCUUUGUUGGUUAUCCGGCCACGCAAAGGGGAUAUUGUGUUUAAGAUUUCAGCUACAAAGUUAUCUAUACAUCACGAGAUGUGACCUUCCUCGAGGAUGUCUUUCGCUUACGUGUACUAUCGUAUCCAGUCGGGAAAGGGGUAGAAUCACCCUUGCAUGGCUCACACAGAAGACAGGAGAUGACCAUCACAUCAUCAAAAAGUUCAUUAUGAGGAGCCGGAUAGUGAUUUACCUGUUCCAGAAAAUUCUAGCCCUUUGCAGGCCAUCGAGAUGGCGGAGAAUGAAAAUUUUACGUCAUCAAAUUCGCCCGGGUCAUCAUCAAACUCGCAUGGGCCGUUACUAGAGUCAUCACUCAUACAAGAGGUGCCCCAAUCGACUGAGGAAGCUAUUCCAUCAGCAGCUGCGGGCUCGCCUCCUCUGAACCAGCCGCAACUAAAUAGCAGCCGAUAGCCCAAGCAAUCUCAUCGCCUAGCAGGUUAUGAUGUCCACUUGCCAGCUUCUCUCACACCCAUCGGCUAGCUCGGUCAAGUAUCCAAUUGAGAAACAUGUCUCUUACUCUCGUCUUUCUCACAACUACAAGGCUUAUCUUGCUCACAGAGAUGUCAUUCUAGAGCCUCCUCACUUCUCGCAGGCAGUCUUGUACGAGGAAUGGAAGGAUGCCAUGCAGAAGGAAAUAACAGGUUUUGAAGCUAAUGGGACACGAAGUCUAGUUUCGUUGCUGCCUGGAAAAUGUGCAAUUUAUUCAAAAUGGGUUUAUAAAGUGAAGUAUUUACCAGAUGGAUCAAUUGAACGUUUCAAGGCACGACUUGUAGCAAAGGGAUAUACGCAGAUUGAAGGAAUCGAUUACCACGAUACAUUUGCUCUGGUAGCAAAAUUAGUCACUGUCUGUUGCCUAGAGAUCUACAUAAAGAAGUCUACAUGAAGGUUCCCCAAGGAUUUGCCAAAAAGGGUGACACGAGGGUUUGUCGCUUGCAUAAGUCCAUCUAUGGGCUUAAACACGCUUCUCGCAAUUGGUAAGAGAAAUUUUCUUCGGCAUUACUAGAGCUGCAGUUUCAUCAGAGUCGAGCAGAUCACUUGUUAUUCAUCUAUCGGUCAGGGUCGUCAUUUGUCACCGCCUUGAUAUAUGUGGACGAUAUCAUUCUUGCAGGAAAUGAUCCUAGUUUCAUACAGAAAGUCAAUGAUUUCAUGCAUGAUCGCUUCACAAUCAAGGAUUUGGUCCCUUGAGGUAUUUCUCGGGAAUCGAAGUGGCAAAGUCACCGAAGGGGAUAGUUCUCAAUCAAUGUAAGUAUUUCCAGACAUACUCGCUGACACUGGGUACGAAGGAACUCGACAUUGUUCCUCCCCAAUCGAGCAGAAUCGUCAACUUGGAAGGGAUUCUUCUUCUCCGGUCGUUGAUCCUUCCGCAUUUCGGCGCCUUGUGGGUCGGUUGCUAUAUCUCACUGUAACCCGACAAGACAUCACCAACCCGGUCAACCUACUCAGUCAAGUUUUGCAUGCACCACUACAAGAAACUUCACUUUUUGCGACGGAAAAAUUCGUCGCAAAAAAUUGUAAAUCCGCCGCAGAAAGAUUUCUGCGACGAAUUACGUCGUCGCAAAAGGAAAAAACACUUCGUCACCUAUACAGCGUCGCAAAAAGUUCUGUGACGAAAAUAAGUGGUUCGUCGCAGAAAAGUAUAACUUCGUCGCCGAAAGUCGUGAAUUUUGUGACGGACAUGUCGUCGCAGAAUGAUCAUUUGGCGACGACAACGUCUUGGUCGCAGAAAACUUAACUAUUUAGCAACGAAAUGAUCCGUCGCAGAAGGUGAAAACAUUUUCUAUGGAGAUUGUAUUUUUUAUUUUUAUUUCCUUAUUUGUAAUUUGCAGAAAUUGAAUUUCCAUAUCAGUUUAGUAUAAGUCCCAUUUUAAUUUUUAAUUCAGUCACUGAGUGGUUCAUUCAUGAGUCUAAACAUACAUCCCAGGUCAGUACGAGGUCGUCGGUUUCCUUGUUGCCUCAGUCUCCGGCGGUGGCCCGUCCAUCGCCGAACACAUCCAUCUCUCUUUCUACUCUAUCGAAACCGCAAAAAAGAAAAAAACAAGCAUUAGAUCUGUAACCAAAACCAGAAAAACCAACACAUAACUAAAAAUAGAUGGAACCACACCAAUCUGUGUCUUUUUGGACAGUUUGAGGUGGUCCGGCGAUGCUCCAUUCCUCGUUGCCGCUGAGAUCUAUCUCCCUUCCUCUCGAUCGAACCCACAGAAAAAGGAAAAAACAAGCGAUAAAGAUGCAACCAAAACUUUAAUUAAAAUUGAAGGGGGCUGACGUUGGCCAAGAUUCGAACCAUUAACCUCCUAUACACAUCAAUUUAAUUAACAAUCAAACUAGUU